CGUUGGCAACGUAAGAAAACUGACACAGGCGCACGGGGCAAGAAACAAGGUUCUUGCUACGCGCCUUGCUUUGUACUCGACUAACACAGAAGAACGACUGGUCGCCUUUGCCGCCGGAUCGUUUUGGCGCAUGCGUGUCCUGUCAGGUGACGCUAAGCCGUCUUCUGUGGGCUUUGCUAUAGGGCUCUGUCUCCCGAAGCGCCUGACGGAGCCGGAACAAAGUGCCGGGGUGGCAACUGUGGCCUGAGCGGAGGAACGCCCCACGGUCAGCUUCAUUACGGCUUUUGAGGCUCCCAACAGGAAUUCUAAUCAUGUCUGAUAAAAGUGAACUGAAAGCAGAACUGGAGCGCAAGAAGCAACGCUUGGCUCAAAUCAGAGAGGAGAAAAAGAGAAAAGAGGAAGAAAGGAAGAAAAAGGAAACGGAUCAGAAGAAAGAAGCUCUUCCUGUACAAGAUGAGUCUGACCUUGAAAAGAAGAGGAGGGAAGCUGAAGCCUUGCUCCAAAGCAUGGGUUUAACCCCCGAGGCUCCGAUGGUCCCUCCUCCAAUGUCUCCAUCUUCCAAAUCUGUGAGCACACCAAGCGAGGCUGGAAGCCAAGAUUCCGGGGACGGUGCUGUUGGUUCUAGGACGCUGCAUUGGGAUACUGAUCCAUCAGUUCUUCAGCUCCAUUCUGAUUCCGAUCUGGGACGUGGGCCCAUUAAACUUGCGAUGUCAAAAAUUACACAAGUUGACUUUCCUCCUCGAGAAACAGUCACGUAUACAAAGGAAACCCAGACACCAGUUAUGACUCAGCCAAAGGAAGAUGAAGAAGAUGAAGAGGAUGCAGUGGUACAAAAACCACCAGUCGAGCCUGAAGAAGAAAAAACCUUGAGUAAAGAAGAGGAGGAGGAAGCUGCCCCUCAUGAAUUGACGGAAGAAGAAAAACAGCAAAUUUUGCAUUCUGAAGAAUUUUUGAGCUUCUUUGACCAAUCUACAAGGAUUGUAGAAAGAGCUCUCUCUGAGCAAAUUAACAUUUUCUUUGACUACAGUGGGCGAGACUUGGAAGACAAAGAGGGGGAAAUUCAGGCAGGUGCUAAGCUGUCCUUAAACAGGCAGUUUUUUGAUGAACGCUGGUCGAAGCAUCGGGUUGUGAGUUGCUUGGACUGGUCAUCUCAGUACCCAGAGUUGUUGGUUUCCUCCUAUAACAACAACGAAGAUGCUCCUCAUGAGCCUGAUGGGGUGGCCCUUGUGUGGAACAUGAAAUACAAAAAAACAACUCCAGAGUAUGUCUUUCACUGCCAGUCAGCUGUCAUGUCUGCUACAUUUGCAAAAUUUCAUCCCAAUCUGGUGGUCGGUGGCACAUAUUCAGGGCAAAUUGUGCUGUGGGAUAACCGCAGCAAUAAGCGAACUCCGGUUCAGAGGACCCCCCUUUCAGCUGCCGCUCACACGCAUCCUGUCUACUGUGUGAAUGUGGUUGGGACACAGAAUGCUCAUAACCUCAUCAGCAUCUCAACUGAUGGAAAGAUCUGUUCGUGGAGCCUGGACAUGCUUUCGCAGCCACAGGACAGCAUGGAGCUAGUCCAUAAGCAAUCCAAGGCUGUCGCUGUCACUUGUAUGUCUUUCCCUGUGGGAGACGUCAAUAACUUUGUUGUUGGAAGUGAGGAAGGUUCUGUGUACACAGCGUGUCGUCAUGGCAGGUGAGUGGAAUUCCAUUUUAAAGCAGAAAGUCAUCGCCCCCCCCACACNGGCAUCAACUGCCACGCUGCGGUGGGACCUGUGGAUUUCUCUCACCUUUUUGUCACUUCUUCUUUUGACUGGACUGUAAAACUUUGGACGACUAAGAAUAACAAGCCCCUGUACUCAUUUGAAGAUAACUCAGACUACGUUUACGAUGUGAUGUGGUCCCCCACCCACCCUGCCCUCUUUGCUUGCGUGGAUGGAAUGGGCAGGCUGGACCUGUGGAAUCUCAACAACGAUACCGAGGUGCCAACAGCAAGUAUCACUGUGGAAGGGAAUCCUGCUCUUAAUCGUGUAAGAUGGACCAAUUCAGGUCGUGAAAUUGCCGUUGGAGAUUCUGAUGGACAAAUAGUGAUUUAUGAUGUGGGAGAGCAAAUUGCUGUUCCGCGAAAUGAUGAAUGGACACGUUUUGGCCGAACGUUAGCGGAAAUUAAUGCCAACAGAGCUGACGCAGAAGAGGAGGCAGCAACUCGAAUUCCUUCCUAGAUAGGAUCCAGUAGUGAAUUGGGGAGUGGGUUGGACAGGGUUUCAGAGUAGUCACAUACAGUAGCCUGCAGCUGAAAGUGAAGAUGGCAAAUGGCAAAUGGCGGAUUUGACACACUUGUGUAAAGAUCGCUGAAGCAGAUCUUGCUGAGUUGCUUUUUACUAGCAAAAGCAUUCAGUCUUAAUCUGCCUGGUGUAAUUUAUUACUUAAUCUUAACCUGGCAAGGAACAGUUCUACUGAAACACUAACAGCAUUCUUUAUUUAAAGUUACUUGGGCUGUCCCAAUUUUCAGCCGCAUACAACUGUUUCUGAAAAAUUAAUUUAUGUACGUUUCUAAACAAGAGCCGUCCUCAGUUAAACUGAUGGGCUGUGCAAUGAACAUCGAUCUCUGAAAAUAUGUCAGGGUUAUAUUACUCAAACUGCUUGAGUUAUGCAUGCAUCUGUUCACAGUAACCUUUAUCCUGAUUAUUCCACAAUAGGCUCCAGGCUACGGUGGUAGGUCAUGUAUGUGAAUAAAAAUAUGUACAACUUUUUAAAAUUAUUUAGCGACAGAAACUUUCUACAACACCUGCUAAGUACUUUGGAAUUUUUUUUGUUAAAUCUGUGCCGUAUAGGUAAGAAUUCUUUAUAAAUAAACAUUACAUGACCUUUU